AAAAUGGCGCCGAACACUACAAAUGAGAAUACGAUAACGCCGGAAUCAGACAUGUUGGAAAAGUUAAUAGUGCCACGGGCCGAACCACGAAAAUAUAAAAUUGUUUGCAGAAAUAUUGUUGUAUUUCUGUAUUACCAUUUUGCAGGACUAUACGGGUUUUAUCUUUGCCUUACAGCGGCAAAAUGGCAAACAAUACUAGCAGGGUACAUAUUUUUCAUCGUAGGUGGUUUAGGCAUCACAGCCGGGAGCCACAGGCUCUGGUCCCACAAGUCGUUCAAGGCCACCAAGCCCCUGCAGCUCAUCUUGAUGCUUUUCCAGUCGUGUGCCAACCAGCACUCGGUCGCUCACUGGGUGAGGGACCAUCGUCUCCACCAUAAAUAUAGUGACACAGACGCGGACCCCCACAAUGCUACUAGAGGUUUCUUUUAUUCACACGUCGGAUGGCUCAUGGUGAGGAAACAUCCGGAGGUUGUGAAGAGGGGCAAGCAUAUCGACUUGUCGGACAUAUAUUCGAAUCCAUAUCUAAAGUUUCAAAAUGAUAAUUCUUUCUGGUUCAUUCCACUGCUAUCGUUCGUUGUUCCGACGCUACUGCCAGUAAUCUGCUGGUCCGAGACCAUCUCAAUCGCCUGGCACGUGAACAUGCUGCGAUACGCCCUGAACCUUAACGUCACCUUCAUGGUGAACAGCGUCGCUCACAUGUGGGGCUACAAACCUUACGACAAAAACAUAGCCCCAAGCCAAAGCCACGCAGUGUCUGUCGUGUCUUUGGGCGAAGGUUAUCAUAACUUUCAUCACGUAUUCCCCUAUGAUUAUAGAUCUGAUGAACUAAGCAAUAUAAGAUUGAACCCAACUACGAUAUUUAUCGAUUUAUGCGCCAAGCUAGGUCUGGCUUAUGACCUCAAAAGGGCUCCUCGGGAGAUCGUGACAGCCCGGGCUAAGAGGACGGGCGACGGCACGAUGGAAUGACUUAAAUAAAUAUUUGCCUUCUGAUUCUAAAGCGUGACUGAGUUUGGGCUUGAUUACUAUUGUAAAAUAAAUGGCACAUUUGGAGUUUUUAAUUUGAGCUGAAUAGUAACGUUUAUUGUUAAUGAUUUUCUACAGUUGAAACGCGCAAUUGUGUGCCCGCACGUGUCUAUCAAAAAUAACUAACGUAGUUUACCUAUUUAUGCGGUGUUAGUUUUUAAUUAUCAAAAAUUAAAUGGCGUAUGUUUAAGAGGUAAGACAUUAUAAAUGUGAAGUCAGUAAAGUUCAUAUUGUGUAAAUGACAAAUCUAUGAUGAGUUACAAUUUUCAUAAAUUAUGCCUAAUAUUAUAGUAAAAACUAUCAAGUUGUAGAAAUUUACUACCUAAUGGACGCUAGAAAGCCAGAAUUAUGAAUCCAUUAACUUUUGACCAAAAAUUACCUUUUUAGGGAUAAUUUUAGAAAUAAGUUUCUUUUGUCAAAUAUAUAUUUCGCCAGUAGAUAGUGCUUUUCUUUGGUAAUUAAAAACUAAUGAUGUGUACAUAGCAAUGGUUG